AGACCACUCCAGUGGCGCUCUCCUGACUCGGCUCUUCCUCCCCAGAAGCACCUGGAGACUUCCUGGUCCCUCACUGGCCUCAGUGAACUCCUCCCUCUGGCCAGGGAAAUUGCUGUGUGCUGAUUGGCUCAACGUGGGUUCUCCAUAAACCUUUGAAGAGGGAGAUAGGGCCUCGGAAGGACCCCAUGCCCGGAUCCCUAAGAGGCGGCCUCACGACGGUGUGCCCCGGCCACCCUGCCGCCCAGCAGAGCAUGUCCCGGCUGGACCCGGAGGAGCUGGCCGAAAUAGAGCUGCGGAGAGAUGAGGAGGAGGAGGAAGAGGAGGAGGCGGCCAUGCCGGGCGCGGUGCGAAGGCCCUCGGCACCCACGGCCAGCCAGGACCCGGCGCUGAGCACCAGCCACCCCUUCUACGACGUGGCCCGACACGGCAUUCUGCAGGUGGCAGGGGAGGACCGCUUCGGGAGGCGCGUCGUCUCCUUCAGCUGCUGCCGGAUGCCGCCCUCGCACGAGCUCAACCACAGGCGCCUGCUGGAGUACCUGCAGUUCGCGCUGGACCAGCAGGUGGAGAGCGACUACGUCCUGGUGUACUUCCACCACGGGCUGAGCAGCCGGAACAAGCCGUCGCUGCGCUGGCUGCAGAGCGCCUACCGGGAGUUCGACCGGAAGUACAAGAAGAACCUGAAGGCCCUUUACGUCGUGCACCCCACCAACUUCAUCAAGGUCCUGUGGAACGUCUUCAGGCCCCUCAUCAGCCACAAGUUUGGGAAGAAAGUCACCUAUUUCAACUACCUGAGUGAGCUCCGGGCGCACCUCAAAUGCGACCAGCUGGCCAUCCCCGCGGAGGUCGUGCGGUACGACGAGAAGCUCCGGAGCCUGCGCAAGGGCGAGCCGCUGCCUCCCGCCAAGACGCCGCCACCGCGGCCGCCUCUGCCCACGCAGCAGUUCGGCGUCAGCCUGCAGUACCUCAAGGACAAAAACCAAGGCGAACUCAUCCCACCCGUGCUGAGGUUCACGGUGACCUACCUGAGAGAGAAAGGACUGCGCACGGAGGGCCUGUUCCGGCGAUCGGCCAGCGUCCAGACCGUGCGCGAGGUCCAGCGGCUCUACAAUCAGGGCAAGCCCGUGGACUUCGACGACUACGGGGACAUCCACGUCCCGGCCGUGAUCCUGAAGACCUUCCUGCGGGAGCUGCCCCAGCCGCUGCUGACCUUCAAGGCCUACGAGCAGAUCCUGGGGAUCACCGGCGUGGAGAGCAGCCUGCGGGUGACCCGCUGCCGCCAGAUCCUGCAGAGCCUUCCAGAACACAACUACGCGGUGCUCGAGUACCUCAUGGGUUUCCUGCACGAGGUGUCCCGGGAGAGCAUUUUCAACAAGAUGAACAGCUCCAACCUGGCCUGCGUCUUCGGGCUGAACCUGAUCUGGCCGUCGCAGGGGGCGGCCUCCCUGAGCGCGCUGGUGCCCCUGAACCUAUUCACCGAGCUGCUCAUCGAGCACCACGGAAGGGUCUUCCGCGCCCAGGACGCUGGUGGGGAGCCGGGCGCCGGCUCGGCGGGGCGGGAGAGCAGGGCGGCCCCUUUGCCAGAGGCUUCGCCGCGCCCCGUGCGCCUGCGCCCCCUGGCGGCUGCCGGGAGCCUCCGCUAGUGUGGAAAGGCCUGUCCCUCUGGGCCGGCGCGCGCGUUAACCUGCCAUUAAAGACACUCCUGGCGAACCUUC